GCGUGGCCCUGGGGGCGGGCGGGGCCUUCUCUGGCCACGCCCCGUCCUGCCGGAGGCUUUGGGCGCUGCACCCGCACUUCGCCGCGCACCUGGGGUCUGCACCAGCCCUUCCGAGGUGAUCCAGAUGUGCGCACGCCCCAGCCGCACCUGCCGCCGGCCUGCCUCACCUGCGCUUUGUCCCCCAGAGCCGCGAUGGCCGUCCUCUCCAAGGAGUACGGGUUCGUGAUUCUCACCGGGGCCGCCAGCUUCAUGAUGGUCGCCCACCUGGCGGUCAACGUCGCCAAGGCGCGCAAGAAGUACAAGGUGGAGUACCCCACCAUGUACAGCUCGGACCCGGAGCACGGACACCUCUUCAACUGCAUCCAGCGAGCCCACCAGAACACGCUGGAAGUCUACCCUCCCUUCUUGUUCUUCCUGGCCGUGGGCGGCGUGUACCACCCGAGAGUAGCCUCGGGCCUGGGCCUGGCCUGGAUCGUCGGACGCGUCCUUUACGCCUACGGCUACUACACGGGAGAACCCAGCAAGCGGAGCAGGGGCGCCCUGGGCUCCAUCGCCCUCAUCGGCCUGAUGGGCAUGACCGUGUGCUCCGCCUUCCAGCACCUGGGCUGGGUGAAAGCCGGCGGCCUGGGCGGGGGGUCCAAGUGCUGCCACUAGGGGGCGUUGGGGGUGGGGGCGGGGCGGUCAACACGCUCCUCCGUUGUGAGUGACUGACUUUUAUUUCCAGUUCCUUUUUAUUUUCUAAAUAUAAUAAAGUUUAUCUGGCAUCAGCCUCGUACGUAA